CAGCAGAAAUUGUUGACGCGACCGCGUUUUGAAUGAAUUUUUUGCGCCACCGUCGCGUGUCUAGGAAAGGGGAAAAAAACAAAAACAAAAAACAAAGGCACACACAUUCUGUAGACUCUUUACUUUCCCCAUUCAGUCUCCCUCCCACACACACGCAUUCAGACACCUUGCCAACAUGUCGCUGUUCGAUGAAGUGGUCAUGACCGAUAGCGGCAACGACUCCGAGUCUGGGCAUUCCUCCUCAACCGGCGCUGGCGGAAGCGGAAGUGGAAACGGUGGUCCUAACGGCAACGGCAACGGCAACGGCAGCGGGCCUCUCUCCCCCGCCGCCCUUGCGGCACUCUCCGCCAGCGGUCGACUCAUUAGACUACUCGCCCGCGAGAAAGAGCUCAUCGCGACACUGGAGCAACUCACACGGGAUAUUGAACAGCUAGAAAAGGCGCCCAGUCAUGACGAGGACGAGACGAAAGCACAGGCUGGAGGAGAGGACAAUGAGGGCAAUGAGGAUGAGACGGAUGACUUGGAGGAAUUCGAGGCGCCGGAAUGGUGUGUGCCCAUCAAGGCGAAUGUCAUGACUUACGAUUGGGAUAGUCUUGCUGCAGAGUGCCAGUUCGACGUAAUCUUGAUGGAUCCACCAUGGCAGCUGGCUACCCACGCACCUACUCGAGGAGUCGCUAUUGCAUACCAGCAGCUCCCAGACAUCUGCAUUGAGGAGUUACCGGUACCAAAGUUGAGCUCGAACGGAUUCAUCUUCAUCUGGGUCAUCAACAACAAAUACGCCAAAGCUUUUGAUCUAAUGCGGAGAUGGGGAUAUAGUUACGUGGACGAUAUUACAUGGGUAAAACAGACAGUGAAUCGGAGGAUGGCUAAGGGCCACGGAUACUAUCUUCAACACGCCAAAGAGACAUGUCUUGUCGGAAAGAAGGGCGAAGAUCCGCCUGGAUGCAGGCACUCCAUCGGGUCGGAUGUAAUUUUCUCGGAGCGUCGUGGACAGAGUCAGAAGCCCGAGGAGCUCUACGAGCUCAUUGAGGAGCUAAUUCCCAAUGGCCGGUACCUUGAAAUCUUUGGGCGUAAAAACAACCUUCGGGAUUAUUGGGUUACAGUCGGAAACGAGUUGUAGAGGACGCGAGCCAAGAAUAAAGGUCGUUGAAGUGCAU